AUAAGGUAUGAAAGAUGUGGCCUGCAGAGAGCCGGCACUAUCUCUACUGCUGCUACUGCCGCUGUUGCUGCCGCCGCCACCGCCGCUACUGCUUCUCGCGGAGCUGCUGGGAGUGAGCAUUUCCUUCCUGGGAUACUCAGCACCGCCGUCCCUCCAGUGGGUCCCGGCUCUGCACAGACCUGGCAGCCCCAGGGAACAAAAGCAGAGCCCGUUCGUCCUCUCUCGCAACCUGAGGAUGAGUCGAGAGGGCUGAGGGAAGAGUGUGGUCCACAGUGGCUGGAGCUCUGACCUUGGCUCCUCUCGAUGACGAUUCCUGAUUUGUGGCCCUGGCAACCUUGGGGAAACAUCAUCUGGUUUCUUCCAUCCAGACCCCGGGCCCUCCUCUCCCCAGUGUCACCCCCACCCAGCCUGGAUACAUUGACUGAACCACAUUCUAGGACACUUCAUUCAGCAAGACAUGGUGGUGAACCCUGGGUCUAAGUCUUCAUGAUUGAAGCACUCUUGUGCAUAACACAAAGCCCUCGAAAGAAGUGAAUGAAAUGAGCCACUUGGGGAGUCGUUUGUGAAGGGAGGAGUCAUACUCUUGGAGAGGAGUCCUCAAUGAGCCUGGCCGAGGCCCAGGAUCUGUGUGAAGUGGACUAAGGAUUUAGUAGGAUGUCAACUGAGACAGAACUUCAAGUAGCUGUGAAAACCAGCACCAAGAAAGACUCCAGAAAGAAAGGUCAGGAUCGCAGUGAAGCCACUUUGAUAAAGAGGUUUAAAGGUGAAGGCGUCCGGUACAAGGCCAAACUGAUCGGAAUUGAUGAGGUUUCUGCAGCUCGGGGAGACAAGUUAUGUCAAGAUUCCAUGAUGAAGCUCAAGGGCGUUGUUGCUGGCGCUCGGUCCAAAGGAGAACACAAACAGAAAAUCUUUUUAACCAUCUCCUUUGGAGGAAUCAAAAUCUUUGAUGAGAAGACAGGGGCCCUUCAGCAUCAUCAUGCUGUUCAUGAAAUUUCCUACAUUGCAAAGGACAUAACAGACCACCGGGCCUUUGGAUAUGUUUGUGGGAAGGAAGGGAAUCACAGAUUUGUGGCUAUAAAAACGGCCCAGGCGGCUGAACCUGUUAUUCUGGACUUGAGAGAUCUCUUUCAACUCAUUUAUGAAUUGAAGCAAAGAGAAGAAUUGGAAAAAAAGGCACAAAAGGAUAAGCAGUGUGAACAAGCUGUGUACCAGACAAUUUUGGAAGAGGAUGUUGAAGACCCUGUAUACCAGUACAUUGUGUUUGAGGCUGGACAUGAGCCAAUCCGUGAUCCUGAAACAGAAGAAAACAUUUAUCAGGUUCCCACCAGCCAAAAGAAAGAAGGUGUUUAUGAUGUGCCAAAAAGUCAACCUGUAAGUGCUGUGACCCAAUUAGAACUUUUUGGGGACAUGUCAACCCCUCCUGAUAUAACUUCUCCCCCCACUCCUGCAACUCCAGGUGAUGCCUUUAUUCCAUCUUCAUCUCAGACACUUCCAGCGAGUGCAGACAUGUUUAGUUCUGUACCUUUUGGCACUGCUGCUGUACCCUCAGGUUAUGUUGCAAUGGGCGCCGUCCUCCCAUCCUUCUGGGGCCAGCAGCCCCUCGUCCAACAGCAGAUCGCCAUGGGUGCUCAGCCACCAGUCGCUCAGGUGAUGCCGGGGGCUCAGCCCAUUGCGUGGGGCCAGCCAGGGCUCUUCCCUGCCACUCAGCAGCCCUGGCCAGCUGUUGCUGGGCAGUUUCCGCCAGCCGCCUUUAUGCCCACACAAACUGUUAUGCCUUUGCCAGCUGCCAUGUUCCAAGGUCCCCUCACCCCCCUUGCAACCGUCUCAGCCACGAGUGACUCCACCAGGUCAAGUCCACAGACCGACAAGCCCAGACAGAAAAUGGGGAAAGAAAUGUUUAAGGAUUUCCAGAUGGCGCAGCCUCCACCCGUGCCCUCCCGCAAACCCGACCAACCCUCCCUCACCUGUACCUCAGAGGCCUUCUCCAGUUACUUCAGCAAAGUCGGAGUGGCACAGGAUACAGACGACUGUGAUGACUUUGACAUCUCCCAGUUGAAUUUGACCCCUGUGACUUCUACCACACCAUCAACCAAUUCACCUCCAACCCCAGCCCCUAGACAGAGCUCUCCAUCCAAAUCAUCUGCCUCCCAUGCCAGUGAUCCCACCACAGAUGACAUCUUUGAAGAGGGAUUUGAAAGUCCCAGCAAAAGUGAAGAGCAAGAAGCUCCUGAUGGAUCACAGGCCUCAUCCAACAGUGAUCCAUUUGGUGAGCCCAGUGGGGAACCCAGUGGUGAGCCCAGUGGUGAUAAUAUAAGUCCACAGGCCGGUAGCUAGAUAGCGCAGGUCUGGGAAUCAGAGCCUCUCUAUGCGCAGAUCAUCAGAUCUAAGAAAUAGCGUCGAUGCAGGCUCGUGGUGGGUGCUUCAAGACUGGCGUGGAAUUCAGCAUCACAACAGGCUCUUUUGUAUUCUUCCACCUCACCUCAUCCCACAAAGAAAAUCACUAUUACCCGGUGGAACUCGCCUUGCUCUGCAGAGGGAACUAUCGGUUUUUGGCAACCAAUGGCAGAUAUCUAUGGCAGCACAAAAAAAAAAAAAAAAAUCACACCCAACAUUAAAUCACAAAUCAAGCAAAUGCUUACCCAACAAAUACUCUGAGCUCUCUUAACAUGGGUUUCAGAUGACCCAUUGUGUGAAAUCAUAAUUCUAAGUUUCUCUACUUGUUGAUUACUAUAGAGACAUGAAAUUUGGAGUGACAGACAUCAGAGAGUUACAAGGUUGGCACUGACUUCUUUCAGGCAAAAGCAAGGGAUCCUCUGUGACUGCAGUAUCGUCAUCCAUAUGCCUUCUGACAUGGUGAUGCUUUUUCAUCACUCCGCAGGGCCUAGUCUGCCAUCCCCCCUCCGUCCUUCCCUUUCUUUGACAUGUUUAAAAAUUGGUGGGUGUACAAAUUUUUGUAUUGCUUUUGACUUUUUUAAAAUAUGGAUGAAGAAAUCUAACUGGGAAAAAGCUUCAUAUGAAAUGAAUUAACUUGAAAUCACAUGACAAAUAAGUGAUUGAUUAUUCAUUAUGAUCAAGAAAGUUGCCAAAAUAACCCUUUAGCUAUUCUGCAUCCUGGUGAAGAAAGACAGCUUUUGGUUUGAACUUUCAUUCAGUGAGUAGGAAAGGACAUCAAAUCCCAGUGAUGACAAAGAUGAAAACCUCAUCGGAUUUCCUAAGAAGCUCUAAACUCUUAAGUACAAUAAAGUGAUAUUUUUAUUUUUCCGAUAUCUUGCUGCUGUGAUGCUAUGCAGACAAGUGUCUUUUCCGCGUGCCAUUUUCAAAGAAAAGUCAUUUGCCAAAUAAUUCUGGUAAUAUGGUUUUGGAUCUUAAAAACUGACUUUCUAAUGGAAUGAUGUUGACAUGAACAUUCAGAAUAACACACUGAAUCUGUGGUCAAAAAGGUUCAUCUCUAUCUCUUUUGUACAUCAGGAAAUUCAAAUGGGAUUUUUAUUUUAUAACUUGGGGUGGUGGGGAAGAAAAGAAAAACACCUUACCAUUAAACUCUAAAUAUUUAAGGGAAAUGGCUUUAAGGAGUUGUAAUGAAAAAAAAAAAAAAAGCCAGUUUCUGUUUUGUAAAUAUAAAUGUUAAUGAAAAUGCUUUUUAAUAAUGCCAUUACACUGUAGAGAAGGUAGCAGAUUGAGUGGAAGGUGUGACGAAGUUGAUGGAUGGGGCUCACUUUCUAAAUGUUAUUCUGGUGCAGAUGGUAAAAAGUGGAAUUUCAGAAACAUCUAGCAAGAACAGUUGACCAGUCAGCAGCUGGUGAAUGGGAAGGGAACAUGGGACUUCAUAACCUAGCCUUCCCCCAAGAGUACCCACCUUGUGCAUAAAACAAGGUAAAGACAGUUUGCAUUCAGAAGACCUGUACUUCUGAUUCCGAAACCCUGUGCCACCUCUCCACUGCCCACACCUGUCCCUAUCGAAGUCACUGGACUGUUUGUAUAUGAAACAGAAGAGUUUAUUAAGCUUCCUUUUUUUUUUUUUUUUUACAUUUAUGAGACAAAAAGUGCAGUGUUUGGUUCGUAUGUUUAGCACAUGAUUUUCAUAAAGAAUCUAUAUUUUUGCCCUACAGAGAAUUGCUAUACAGGUCAAAUAUGUUUUCCUGAUGUUCCUAUGCAGUUACACUAUAUUGAAUUUAGUUAACACUAAGAAGAAAAGGCUCAAGAAUUGUGUGAUUAAUUGGAUUUGGGUAAUUAUUUUUGCUUUGGCUAAAAUUUGAAAAUCCAAAUUUGCAUUGAUAUGAUUGAUUUCAGUAAGGUUCUUCAUAUCAAUACAAAAUAAAAUGAUUUGGAAGAAGGUACACUUGUUUACAAAGAGAGCACUGAUACAUGAAGGUGAUAGUUAAUGUGUGAAGCCCAAACUUGACACUAUCAGGUCACUGGACUCUUAUUUAUUUCCAGUUAGUUACAGUGACCAACUAUCUAUUACAGGAUAUAAAUAAAUGUCACCCUGUUGUGAAAGGGCUGAAGACCCAGAAAAGUGAGAAGGACCAUUUACCUCCCUGUGUAGCUGUUACCUGGUCGUCCACAUCAUUUCUCCAGGGACAUGUAUACAUUUUAUGAUUAGGUAAUCCUUUCACAAGAAGGGGAGAAUGGGAAAGGUGUCAUAAUCAUGAGGGUUGUCCUGAAACCAGUUCAAUCGUGUAUUCUGAAGAUUUGAUAAGAAAGUCAGUUCCUAUGCCGAAAAGGCUUAAGUUGCUGUGUUGUCCAUGAUUCUGACUCUAAGCAAGUGGUGCUAUCUUCUCCUUCAAUAUGACCACCUUGAGUUUGUCUUGCAGUAUCACAUCAUUAUACUGAUUCCUUGGGUUGAUGCUGACACUUUCAAAGUGAACGCUGGCUGCUGCUGCUGUUUCAGGUACACCGUCUGGAGUUGAUUUCAUAGCAGAAGGUGACAGCCCAGUGGACUUGUCACUACUCAUUGAACAUGACUGGAAAUGUAACUGGCUCUGAACUUAAAGAAGAUGCCCAUGUGGUGCAUUAAAGUGAGGGGAAAUAAAGUCAAGGUUUGAAACUGCCAACCAUGUCAUCAUUGGCAGAAUUCUGAUUUUUCCAAGCACUGUUUGGUGAACUCAGAACCACCAUAUCCUAUCCCAGGAAUACAGUGAAAUUUCCAAACAAGAGCUGAGGUGCCAAUACCAAAAGACAUGGGGAGUCUGCACAGUUCUGGUUAGAUCAAUAGAAAAUCCAUGUGUACAACUGUUAAUUCCUCAUCCUUCACUAGCACUAAAUUUGUCACUUUAAAUUUUGAAACCAGGGAAAUGCCACCUGUCAUUCUGUCCCCAUUCCCCAUAGCUCUUCAAUCUUUUCAUGUUGCAGGACUAUUUUGAUAGCUUGUACUCAUCCCAGUGUCUACUGAAACCCCAUCAUGUAAUGUGCUGGGCACCUUCUUUUAAAAAAAAAAAAAAAUGUUUACUCUGUGGGUUUGGUUCAUUUCAAUUUCUGCAUUCUGACACAUAUUUUUUUAAUAAAGAUGAGAAAGAGAAAAUGACUGUUGCAGUACAUUUCUAGACCUACUUUAACUUUACCUCAGAUGACAGUUUGUUAACAUAUAUGGACACAUUAUUUUUAACUUUAUGUACAACACAUUCAACAGAACAGCAAAAUUUUUAGAAAUUUUCCAUUAAUUUCUGUAACACACCAUGUAAAACUGGUACAAAUAAACAUGUUUGAGAAC